AACACGCGCCGACACGCGCCGAUCUGUGCUCCAUUGAUUUAACCGCAAGCCUUAUAAAAAAAAAAUGAGCACAGCGUCUUCCCUCUUCCUCGCGCUGCCCCUCGUUUUUUUUCUUUGUUCUCUGUCUCAACCAGGUCAGGGAAAAAAAAUUAGAAAUGAAAAGGAAAGAGACGUGAAACGCCCCUUUCUCACUCUCUCCACAGCGACGUAGAGCUUCUUUCCCUCAGUUUUCUUGAUGAAUGGACCGCCUCCUUGUUUAUUAGUCGAAUUUCUGAGAGACCCAUUUCAUUGUUAUCUUCUAUUUCUGGGAAAAAUCUCAUCUUUCGGCCUUUCCGUCAUCUCUCCACGGUUUCUGAAAGGGAAGAGCUACCCACUUGCAUUCCCUCGUGAAAUCUGUCCGCAUAUCUCGAAUUUGCGAGAAAUUUUGCUUCGAAUCUCGGGAAUUCUGACGAAUUCAGGUCGACGCAUUUCUUCAGAGGGAGAAUUCGGACAAGAGGUUGAAAAUGGAAGCAGAGACGUCAUGGGCCAACCAUCUUUUCAGCUAUCCAAACGGAGAGAUCGUGGAUGGUGGUGGUUCAUAUUCUGAACAGAGCGAUGAAGAAAACAAAGAAAAUGCCUCCUGGUCUAUGGAUUCUCUCCUCCCCGACGAUUUGUUGGAAAGAAUUCUCUCUAAUCUUCCGAUCGCAAGCAUUUUCAGGGCGGGUUCCGUAUGCAAAAGGUGGAACGAGAUCGUCACUUCCAGAAGGUUCUUGUGGAAUUUCUCCAACACUGUUUCCCAGAUACCUUGGUACUUCAUGUUCACAAGUUCAGACGAGCCUUCAGGUUAUGCCUAUGACCCUAUUCUCCGAAAAUGGUACAGCAUUGAUCUUCCUUGCAUCGAGAGAUCCAACUGGUUUGUCGCUUCCUCUUGUGGGUUGGUCUGUUUCAUGGACAAUGACUGUAGGAACAAGAUUUAUGUCUGUAAUCCCAUCACCAAACAAUGGCGGAGGCUUCUCGAGCCACCCGGUCACAGGCUGACAGAUUACACCGCCCUUUCAGUGUCAGUGAACCGAGAGCUGCAGAGUUAUUCAGUCUCGGUUGUGAGAUCCAAGCAAGUGCCCGGGAAUUUCUUCCAAUGGGAUCUGUCCAUUCACAUAUAUAACUCGGAAACGAUGACUUGGGCAACAUAUGUAACAGAUGUCCUGUCUGGAUGGAGGGGCGGGGACGAGAGCAUCAUCUGUGAUGGAAUAUUAUACUUCUUGAUCUACUCGACAGGGGGAGGAAUGCCUGAUCACCGCCAUGGUCUGAUCACUUUCAACCUAUCGUCCCGAUCUUCUUGUUCAAUCCUGAUGAGGACUUUCAUUCCGAUGCCGUGCUCUCUCACGUGCGGAAGGCUGAUGAACCUCGGAGAGAAGCUCGUGAUGGUCGGAGGAAUCGGGAAACCGGACAGAAGAGACAUUAUAAAGGGGAUCGGGAUCUGGGUUUUGAAGGGGAGACAGUGGGAAGAGAUUGCCAAAAUGCCUCAGAGGUUCUUCCAAGGUUUCGGAGAGUUUGACGAUGUUUUCGCAAGCAGUGGCACCGAUGAUCUGAUAUACAUACAGAGCUAUGGAGCUCCUACUCUUCUGACCUUCGACAUGAACCAGAGGCAAUGGAGAUGGUCUCAGAAAUGCCCCGUCUCAAAGAGGUUCCCGCUUCAACUCUUCACUGGUUUUUGCUUCGAACCGAGACUUGAUAUCGCUCCAUAGUUUUAUCUCUUAAUUGUUUAGUUCAUAUUCUCGUCGGACCAAACCAAAGUCGAAAUCCAUGAUAUAGAAAAGUGUGUUACAAAGGGUAUCCAAAAUCUUGGGAGUUUUGUCCGAUUGUCGGGAAAUGCUUUGCACAUGAAGGUAAAGUACCUGCAGAAUGGCGGAGUUGUUGAAGAGUUCGGGAAUAUUGUUAUUUACAUUUUGGUACUUAAAACAGUUAUUACAUUUCAUAUCGGUACCAGAAGUUUUUAUUUAUCUGAUAGGUCCACCAAUCCACACGGUUGACACCUUUUUUUAGGUCGAGUACGGUAAAAGUCGAGAGGGGUCGGGUUUCUGAAACCAGGUUGUCUUGUUGCUGUCCCUGAAAAUUCGAUAUAUGUAUAUAUCAUAUGAGUGAAUUGAAAGAAGCAAUUAAAAUU